AAAGUGGUAUUGCGAAAGACUACAGUUUAGUAUUUUACAUCCAGUUCGCAAAGAAAAUUCGUGUCAUGUUAUAUUUCCGGCAGUUUUGAAGGUGAUUUUUCGCGGAAAAGGGCAAUGUUUUCUGCAGAAAAGUCUGAGAGGAAGAAGACCACUGAGAUACUGAAGUAUGCUUCUGCGGCACAACUUUUACUGGGAGUCGGUUUAUUCGUGUGCGCAAUUGUAGCAGUCGUAAAACAGGAAGAGGAUGAAUAUUAUACAUAUUUUAUUGGUGGCUUUACGUGUGGAGUAUUGGGUGCGGUAGCGGGCAUUUUAGGGUUAUACACGUCAACUAAAGCCUCCUCUUACGACGGCGAUGACGUAUCUAAUCUUCAAAAACAAUUGCGAUGCACGGCGCUUGCGCAGAUGAUCCUUGGAUAUGUAUUGUUUAUGUUGGCAAUAUCUGGAAUCAUGAUGGCUGUAAUUUUUCUUGUUGGUGAAGACACAGAGCUUAAGAUACAUAUCAUACUUGCUGCAUGUAUCAUAGCGGGAAUAGUCUUGCUUUUAUUCGCCACAAUUCCUUCUUUUUGUUCGAUGGGUACAUGCUGCAUGAGUCAAGAAUGCCAAGAAUGUAAAGAGGGAAUGAACCAGACGUACCCAACAACGGUUGGAACAACACAGUACAAUCAAGGCCAAACCGCAUAUGGGCAGCCAGCGGUAUUUACAGCUAAUUAUAGCACUGGAGGAUUCAAUUCAAGUUCAAAUCCGCCUCACUAUCCAGUUUCCCAAACCUUUGGCAUGGGGCAACAGCAGCCUUCUUAUGGAUUCCAGCAAACUGCUACUCCUACAGCACCACCACCGUAUAAUCCAUACUGAAAGAUGUUACAAAUUAUUAAUCAUACAAAAAGGCAUCUCAGGACAUAUAUGAUAGUAACAUGAAUGUAGCUAGGUAUCAAAAUUUUCUGUAAAGAGAAAAAUGAAUUACGCAAAGGGUCAUUCACAGGUACUGCUCUCCCUUAAUUGUUUGUACAUUUGUAUAUCAUGACAUUUUAGGACUUUCUAAAGGGACAAAUUUAGUUAGUAAUUAAGGCACAAAUAAAAGAUAAAUCUAUAGGUUUGUUAAUAAUAGUGGAAUUUUUAACAGAACUACUUUUUUUCUAUAAAGAUUAUUAUGAUCAUAGUUCUGUAUUACAUGACUGAAGCAAAAUACUUCUUAGGAAUAAGAUUAGAGCUGCCCUUCAAUAAUCACAAAAUAGUCGCAACUGAUGAGUCUCUUAUAAAGCUUACUUCCUGUUUUUGAUACGCCAUCGUCUUAGAACGGCAAAUGAUUUAAUUUGUGUUUUUCAUUUUAUUUGUUACGUUGAGCUGACCUUUUUGA